AUGGUUAACUUGUCUCUCCUCGUUACGGCUACUUUAGCAGUCAGUGCUGAGGCUGUCUCAUACACGUGGACGAAAUGCCUCAAUGUCGACAAAUGCCUCAGCGUUGGUGCCCCUGGUGACCCUACCGGUCAAAAGGGCAAAGUUUUCAGGGGAAAGGCAGGGGCGGCGUCUUUUUGGUAUCCGGGGACUUAUCUUUUUCCCUAUUCGGCGACUACUGGUUUCACCUACGACCAAGGGGAUGGCUACUGGUACUCGCAUGAUGCAGAUGGACUUUACAUUUCGCCUCAAGGAUACGUCAACUUCGCCCACGAUUACAACAAAAUUGGCAUCAACAGCAAGGACCAAGACAUCGGCUCAACCUACUGGGUUCAUGGAGGAGCUCCAUGCUGCCUGCCGGACGAGGUCGGGGUUAACAUUUAUGACGUCGUCGCAUACCAGCAUUCCGCUUGA